AUUUUUAUCAGUUUUCAAACGGCAACGCGAGCGGUAAGACAUAGAAGUACUCGCGAAAGUUGAAUAAUUUUAAAACGUGACUAAAGUAUCUGAAAUUUUAUGAAUUGUUGAAGUAAAAUAACAUCAAAAAUAUUAGAGUUAAGAUACAUUGCACGGCACGCACGCAACAAAGAUUUCGUAUAUAAAAAAUGAAAAUUUCACGGCUGGCACAACUAGUAUUUCCAGGUAUCAAAUGGUUUCAAGGAUAUACACCGCAGGAUGCUAUUGCUGACUUAAUAGCUGGCGUAACAGUUGGAUUAACUGUGCUGCCGCAAGGCUUAGCAUAUGCCACACUGGCUGGUUUGGAUCCACAAUAUGGACUUUAUUCUGCAUUUAUUGGUGGAAUUGUUUAUGCGUUCGUGGGAAGUUGUCGACAGGUUACUAUUGGUCCUACAGCUUUAUUAGCAUUAAUGACAAGUAGACAUACAAGUUUAGGUUUAGCUUCUGGUCCAACGUAUGCGAUUCUGCUAUGCUUGAUAUCGGGUAUUGUUGAGUUAAUUAUGGCUGUGCUAAGACUGGGUGCUUUAGUUGAUUUAAUUUCAUUACCAGUUACUGUUGGAUUUACUUCUGCAACUGCUGUUAUUAUUGGCACUUCACAAAUAAAAGGUCUUUUAGGUCUACGUGGUGGUUCGGGUUCCAGUUUCAUUGAAACAAUAGGUUCAGUAUUUUCAAACUUGGACAACUUACGUUAUGGUGAUUUCACACUUGGUAUUGUGUCUAUAAUUUUGCUUCUACUGUUAAGAAAAAUGAAGGAUUUUAAGUUAAAAACUCAAGAUGGACAACACAGAAAAGUUUUGAACAUCAUAUUUUGGUUAAUUUCCACUGGACGUAAUGCCUUGAUUGUACUUAUUGGAAGUUCGUUAGCAUAUUUUGCUUGUGAUGGAACGAAUCGUUGUCCAUUUAUAUUAACAGGAAAAGUAAAAAGUGGUUUACCAGAUUUCAGUGUACCCAAAUUUGAAACAACAAUACUAAGUGCUAAUGGUACUGAAUUACAUCAAAACUACAAGGACAUGCUUAGUGAAUUAGGACCAUCUAUGAUUAUACUACCAAUAAUAGCGGUACUUGGAAAUGUUGCUAUUUCUAAAGCAUUUGGCGGCGCAGGAUUAAGUGCGACACGUGAACUUGUUGCACUAUCACUCUGCAAUGUAUUUGGUUCCUUUUUCUCAUCAAUACCAGUAACGGGUUCAUUCUCACGCAGUGCUGUUAACCAUGCGAGUGGAGUGCGGACGCCUAUUGGUGGUUUCUAUACAAGUGCGUUAGUACUUUUAGCGCUUGGCAUACUUACACCAUACUUUCAAUAUAUACCAAAGGCAGCUUUAAGUGCUGUAAUUAUAUCAGCUGUUAUAUUUAUGAUAGAAUUUGAAGUAGUGAAACCACUAUGGCGUUGCAGCCGGCGCGAACUUUUACCGGGUGCUAUUACAUUUAUUGUUAGUUUAACAGUGGGCGUGGAAAUUGGUUUGCUAUUAGGUGUAGCAGUAGAUGUGGCAUUUUUAGUUUAUCGUGCUGCUAGACCGCCUUUAAAUGUAUCAAAAUUAAAGACUGCACAUGGUAUAGAUUACAUUUUGAUGCGUCCAAAUCACAGUUCGUUGUACUUUCCUGCAAUUGAAUGGGUUCGUAAUAAUAUUGCAAAAGCUGUGAGUACUUAUGGGACUGCACCUGUAGUUCUGGAUUUUGCAAAUGUACAUGAUUUUGAUUUUACUGCUGCUCGCGGCAUGGGUGCUUUAAAUAAAGAGUUGGCUAAUAUGCAUGUUCCUCUUUUUCUAAUGAAAGCUCCCAAAAAUAUUAUAGUAAUAUUAAAGGAAUCUACAAAUAUAGAUUUUCGAACGAUAGAUUGUCUUGAUGAUUUAGAAAAUAUUUUAGAACAAAUAUCAAACUAUGAGCUCUACUUACAAGUAACUGUACCUCUUUUAGACUCACAGUUGGCGAGUGAUCAUUCGCCCUGUGCCAGUGAUUUUGCUGACCAUAAAAAAAUGGGUAGUAAAAAAAAUUAAUUCAGGUUAGCAUACCAAAAACUAUAGACAAAAUAAAGUUUUUAUAUAUUUUUAAAGUCUUUUAUUAAAUAAUUAAUUUUAUAACUGUUAUUAUCGUAUAUCCGUGUUAAAUGAGUAUCGAAAAGUACAAGGAGUAGAUAAUCGAAUAUUUUUAUUAAUGAAGAGCAACUUACAAUGUAUACAA